GCUUAUCAUUUACGUUUGAAAAUUCAAACUGGAAAGUGAAGUGAAAAGUUUGUUGUCGUGCGGAAAAUUUAAAAUAAAUUAUUUUAAUUCAAAAUGCGUACGUUACCAAUGAUAUUUCGUUUGGCUGAUGAAAUGAUGUCGCGUCAAAUGCAAUCAGUAUUUUCUUCACCAUUUUAUGAGAGUCCAUUUGUAUAUCGUUUGGCGCCUUGGAAUCACAUCAGUCGCUUACAAAAAGAGGAAGAGUUACCAAAAGUUGGCAAAGAUGGCUACCAAGUUUCCAUAGAUGUUGCACAAUUUAAACCUAGCGAAUUAAAGGUGAAAGUUUUAGAAGAUUCCGUCAUCGUAGAAGGAAAAUAUGAGAAUCGCGAAGAUGACCAUGGUUUUUCAUCAAGACAAUUUGUUAGACGUUUCUUGUUGCCCAAAGGAUACGAUUCGAAUAAAGUUAUGUCAACACUAUCAUCUGAUGGCUUACUAACUGUAAGUGUUCCUAAGCCACCUGCUAUUGAAGAUAAACCUGGUGCUCGGGAAGUUCCUAUACAACAGACCGGUCCGGCUCAUUUAAAUGUUAAGGAAAAUCCAGUUGAAGAUAAUGGAACUAAAAACGCUUCUUAGAAUUAAUUGUAAAUUAUGUUAUAUUCUUAUAUAACCAAAUAUACAUAUGUUAUAUGUUUAAAAUUGAACUGAA